AUGGAGGCCCCUUCGCCUGUUGCUGCUGCUGCUGCGGAAUCCUCAGAGAAAACGCUGGGCGUGCAGCCAGUCAAACCCCAUGCUGCCUGCAGCUCGACUGAAGGGGUUCUUAGGGAGUUGCAGCAAACUCCGAGCAGCAACAGCAGCAACAGCAACAGCAGCAGCAGCAGCAGCAGCAGCUCUGCAACCCGUUUGGUUCCCCUUCCCCCCCGUGGAUCUCCAGCCCCUCUGCCAGCAGCACUACUGCAGCGGGAGCAGCAGCUGCGUGCUUAUAUUUCUUCUUUAGGGUCUUCUGCUGCAGCAGCAGCAGCAACUCAAGAGGCAUGGAUAGACUUCUCACUACCUCCUCUCCCUCCUGCAGAUACACCUGAAUAUAUGAAGAGACACUCUAGAGCCGAAGCAGCACAAAUAUCAAAGACAUCAGAAACGCAGCGUCGGCUUCUCUUAAGGGCCCCUUCAACCCCAGGGGCCUCAGGUGCCUUCCUUCGUACCCCCAGGGGCCCCCCUCUUAGAACAGCUCAAGGGGGGGGGGCCCCCUUAAGGACCCCUCGUGGGGGCCCCCCCCAUCACAAGAGUGGGGGGGGGCCCCCCUUAAGGACCCCUCAGGGGAGCCCCUCAGGGAGCCCCGCUAGGGGCCCCACUAAGAGCCCCGGUAGGUGCCCCAGUAGGAGCCCUGCUAGGGGCCCUAGUAGGGGCCCCCCUGGGGCCCCACUGCUGCCUGGUGCUGUUUUUGUAUCUCGUGCUACGCUGCUGCAGCGGUGCAGGGUUGAGGAAACAAAUGUAAGAGAUAUAGAGGGUCGCACUGUGAUGGUUCAGCAGCAACUCUGGCAGCAGAUGCUGCAGUCUGCUGCUGAGCGUCAAGUGCUGCAGCACUGCUGCUGUGUGGGGGCCCCACAGACAGCUGAGUUUCGAGUGCUUCCUUCUCCUCUUGACCUUGGCUAUGCAUUUAAUAAGCUGCACUCUGUCUCUUCUCCUAAACCAUCAAAUACAUCUUCUUCGUCUCUUAACUCUCUACCCUCAUCCACUACUCCGCAAUUAGACAGGGGGGCCCCCUCAGCUGCCCCUCUCCCAAGUGAAUGCGGGGCCCCCCAGGGGCCACCGCCCCACUGUGAAGGGGGAGCCCCCACGGGGGCCCCCAACGGGGCCCCUCCUCAGUCUAAGGGGGGGGCCCCCCAGGGGGCCCCUUCCCAAUAUGAAGAGGGGAGCCCCCAGGAGGCGGCCCCUGCUCAAUCUAGAGGGGGGGGCCCCCAGGGGGCUUCGCCCCAAUCUGAAGAAGGGGGUCCCCCGGGGGCCCCUCAUCAAUCUGAAAAGGGGGGGCCCCCUGGGGCCCCCUGUGUUGAUAUGGAAGGGGAGAGUUUGAGCCCGUUGGAGUUUGUGCGGUGUAUGGACGCUCUGAGUUGGUGGCCCUGGGAUUUAAAUAAUUUAGAUAAGAAGGAGACAGCCUUUGCUUUAUCUCUUGUCAGCCAAGUUGUAGGGGGCCCCCUCAAGGUGCAGCCGAAGCAAGAGAAAAAUGAUAAUGCAUUUAAAUAUAUCAGUAAACGAGGGUUUAUUGUCGCAUUCGAAUACCUCCCUUAUAACCUUCCUGAAUGGCCGAUAACCCUGGACAGACUUCCUGCUGCGAAGUCUGAUGAAGAUAAACUGUCUCUAUCUUUUUCUUCUUCUGCAAUGGAGUCUUUGGGGGCCCCUCUUGUUGUUAAUCCUAGGCAGCCGGUGUCUCUGCAGCACGCCAACUUCCGCCCUCAAAGGGGCCCCAACAGCAGCAGCAGCAGCAACAGCAGCAGCAGCAACAGCAGCAGCAGCAGCAGCAGCAGCAACAGCAACAGCAGCAGCGAGGAGGUGGUGGCUUCUGCUGCAGUAGAAGAGGCCGUGCUGCUGUGCCAGGUGGCUUUGCUGCUCUGUCUCCUAUUUGGUAUUGAUAUAUAUAAAGACUUCCCUAACUUUAAAGUCCCCACUUCCUGCAGCAAACCCCGUGCUGCUGCUGCUGCUGCUGCUGCUGCUGGUAGCAGAGAGACAGCAGCAGCAGCACACACAAGCGCUGCUGCAGAGACGCAAGUCUCCGCUUCCUCUUCCCCCCUCCUCCAACCCGGGCAGAUGCAGCCAACUGUCUACACCACCUAUAUCAAAAUGCACUCUGGCAGCAGCAGCAGCAGCAGCAGCAACAGCAGCAGCAGCAGCAACAGCAGCAGCAGCAGCAGUAGUAGUAGUAGUAGUAGCGGUAGUGCCCGAGGCACAACUAGUGCCAGCAGAGCCCAAUCUGAGUCCCGAGAUAGCAGCUGUGAUGACGGUAGCCCCCAGCAGCAGCAGCAGCAGCAGCAGCAACAAGAACAGCAGCAGCAGCAGCAGGGGUGCAGUGAAGAAUCCGAGACCUGCGACUCCGUCGAAAACCGGAGGGCCCAAAUCCCCAGCUGGCACUUGGCACAAGACUAUUUGCUGAGCCGCGUGGUGUUUGCUGAGGAGCUGCAGGCUGCCUUACCUGCUUUGAUUUCUAUUGAGUGGGUAUUGAAAGGAAUAUAUUUAUUAGUAGGUGCUUCGACAGCAGCUCUAUCUCCGUUAGAGUGGCUGCUGCUGCUGCGGCCUGCUGCUGCUGCUGCUGCACACUCUGUCGAUAUUGCUGCUCUUACUCAGCGGUAUUCUUCACAAAACCCUAAACCCGUGCCUCUAAAGGCUUCGCCUGCUGUGCUGCAUGCACUGCGCAAGCUGCAGAAGCAGCAGCAGCAGCAUCAGCAGCAGCAAAGGCAGCAGCUGCUGCAGCAGCAGCAGCUACAAGAGCUGCAAGAGCCCUGGAGGGCCUCCUGUACAUCUAGCCGUAUGGGUAUUCGAUGGCUGUCGUAUACAUCAGUACAGAAACAAAGCAAAAAGAAACAGCAGCAGCAGAAACAGCAGCAGCUGCAGCAGCAACAGCAGCAGCGGGCAGCAGCAACAGCAGCCAGCAAGUUCCUUGACUUCGGGUGUACAGACAGCCAGCUGCAACAGUGGGUCCUGCAGCAAACAGCGCAGCAUAUCCUCUCAACAGCAGACAGCGAGAAAACAGCAAGUGCUCUCUCACGCCUGUUUGCUGCUUGCGCUCCUGGCUGCAGCAGCAGCAGCAGCGGCAGCAAAAGCAACAAACCUGGGGCUGCUGCUGCUGCUGCUGCUGCUGGGGAGACUAUGUCUCUGGAUAUUGUGGUGCUGCAGUUCUGCUCGGAGGCCUUUUACAAUAUAUUUCUUCAUGCAGAUAUAUUUAAAAAUAUUCACGAACAUAUUUAG